AUGCGGCAUCACCGCGGCAAUCGCAAUUCAAGUACAAGGAGAUCGUCGCAAAACCAGCGCAUGACGUCCUAUCGUUUCUUUUGCGCGCAUCCCAUAGAUCACAAAACUAACACCCAAAAUCAGGUCGUCAACGACGAUGGGCCUCCCAGCACCCGCCUCUCACCAUACGUCCGCCCACUAGUCGACGAACUCAAAGCCAAAGGUCAUACAGUCUCGGUGGCAAUCCCAGCAGCCUCCCGCUCUUGGAUCGGCAAGGCGCAUUUGAUCGAAGCCAACCUCCAAGCAACCUACGUGCACCCGGACGCCUUCCUUCCCGACGGAACCUGGGAUGAAGAAUUCGUUUCUCCCAACACAGAGGAUGAUUGGGUCGUUGUCACAAAUGGUACACCGGCUAGUUGCGCGCAAUUAGGUCUAUACAACCUCUUCAACGAGCGCGCGCCGGUCGACCUCGUGAUCUCCGGUCCGAACCAUGGCCGCAAUGCGUCGACCAUUUACAACUUGUCUUCGGGUACUGUUGGGGGUGCGCUGGAGGCGGUCUUUUGUGGGAAGCGCGGGAUUGCGAUCUCCUUUGGAAGUAAGGAUCCCCAGACUGAUGGGGUGAUUGCGGCGGCGGCAAGAUUGGCUGUGCGCCUUGUUGCGCAUUUGUAUGAGGUUUGGGAUGAGAGGGUGGAGCUUUAUAAUAUUAAUGUUCCUAUGCGCGAGGAUGUGGAGGAUCGCCCUGUGCUCUAUACGAGAACCCUGCCCUAUUAUUGGAAUCGGGGCUGUCUGUAUGCUGAGGUGGGGAAGAAGUUGGUUAAUGGGCAUGAUGGCGAGACAAACGGUGUUAACGGAGUGCAUGAUGACGAGGCGCAAACGAAUGGAGUCAAUGGGGUUGCGAAGCCCAAAAAGAGGCAGUUCAAGUGGUCUGCUAAUUUGUCUGAUAUGAAGAAGACGUUGGAAGAAAGUGAGGAAGGGACAGAUGCCCACACCGUGCUGAACGGCUCGACCAGUGUCACUGCUCUCCGAGCCAACUUCUGGCAUGUCCCUGGCCUUGAAGGGCCGCUGGUUUUGGAUUCUUGA